GUCAACAACUUAAAAGAAGGACCAAGAUUGUGUUUAAGCAGCCAUCAUGGCCAAGCAUCAUCCUGAUUUGAUCAUGUGCCGGAAACAACCUGGCAUUGCCAUUGGGAGAUUGUGCGAGAAAUGUGAUGGCAAAUGCGUGAUAUGCGAUUCCUAUGUCCGCCCGUGUACACUGGUCCGGAUUUGCGACGAAUGCAACUAUGGUUCAUUCCAGGGGAGGUGUGUCAUUUGCGGAGGAGUUGGAAUCUCAGAUGCUUACUACUGCAAAGAGUGUACACAACAGGAGAAAGAUAGAGAUGGUUGUCCUAAGAUUGUCAAUCUUGGCAGUGCGAAAACUGAUCUCUUCUACGAACGUAAGAAAUAUGGUUUCAAAAAACGAUGAUCGUUCGUUGUUGGUUACUCGAGCUAUUUGAUCUUUUCUUAAUGCUUGGAAGAAAGUGUCUGUAACUUGUCUGUGUUAAGAAAACAUGUAUUCAAAGAAAUGAUUAUGGUUUGUUUACUCAUGUGUCUUAUUGAUUAGUCGGAUCGACGUGUUAUCUUU